UGGAAUAAGACAUUCGUUGGCCGUUCAACGGCGAGUAUAGAAAGUGCCCAGUGCUCAUAUCUCCAGUUUUAACUUAGUUACCAAGGAUACGCAGUCAAUAUGAGAUCGCUUGUGAUUGUUGUCCUUUCCUUUGUCGCCUUCGCGCAUGGGGGUAUCUUGGUUCAAAACGCCCCGGCCUGCCCGGAACAACACGGAGUGCAGGCAUACGCCCAUCCGGAGUCUUGUAACCUCUUCUUCCUCUGCACCAAUGGCACCCUAACCGUGGAAACCUGCGAAAAUGGACUCCUGUUCGACGGUAAAGGUGCCGUGCACAACCACUGCAACUAUAACUGGGCUGUGGACUGCGGACACAGAAAGGCUGACUUGACUCCAAUCAGCAGUCCGGGAUGCGAAUACCAGUUCGGACUUUACCCAGAUGGAACUGAAUGUUCUACCCAUUAUAUAAAGUGUGCUUAUGGAGAACCAAUUCCCCAACAUUGUGAACCAGGUCUGGUGUACGAUGAACGCAUCCACGGUUGCAACUGGCCUGAUUUAUUGCUUGAAAAAUGCAAUCCUGAAGCUGUCGUAGGCUUCAAGUGUCCAACCAAGGUCCCAUCGGGAAGCCCAGCCGCCAAGUUCUGGCCCUACCCGAGAUUCGCCGUACCUGGGGAUUGCCACAGGCUCAUCACCUGCGUCAACGGCCACCCACGCCUCAUCACCUGCGGUGAGGGAAAAGUCUUGGACGAUUCUACCCUCACCUGCGAAGAGCCCGAGUACGUGCCACACUGUGCCAACCACAUUAGAAAAUAAGCACGAGCAUGAAAAAUUUCUUUUUACAAAAACAAAAUUUACUACUUUCGCAUUUAUUGCAGCUGUCUUGUGCUCAUUUUACAGAAAAAAAUUUGGUCCAAAUCUCUGUUAUUUAUUUAUACUAGAUUGACGAAAAUUAUGACUAUUUCAUAACUGUACAGUUUAUAAAAAAAAACAAGUUUAAAAUUAAUAUUUAUUCAACAACUGUAGUGUCUCUACUUUUUCUAUUAUACAAUUUUAAUAUUUCCAUAACUUUUUAGUAAUAUUUAAGAACGUGUACUACUUACAUACCUUACUUUUUGUGUACAAUUAUUGUAAAUAUUUGAAAAUCAAGUACUACAUAAAUUAAAAUUGGUAUACCGUAACAAUUUUUUUAUA